GCCCCGACGACGUAUGGUUCAAUCAACGUUCUUCGUAGUCGUAGCCCGAGCCAUGGAGUUAGCUACUUCGACCUUUCUGGGCACACAACUCAGACCCGCCGUUCUGUCGCCGUCGCAUAGCCCGACUGCGAUGUUCGCCGGGAAACCCACCGGUGGCAUGCGUUUCUCCGCCGCCUCCGCCGCCGAUUAUAGUCGCGGGAAAAGAGGCUCCGACAAGAUGUACACGAGGCUCGACUCGUGUCUUGUCAUUCCUCCGCCGAGGUACAAGGAACCGCGUGCUGUUGUGAAGUUCCUGGGCGGCGCGUUCGUCGGAGCUGCGCCUGAAGUGACUUAUAGUUACCUGAAGGAGCUAUUGGCUAAGGAAGGGUAUGUGAUCAUAUCUGUGCCGUACAAUGUGACAUUUGAUCAUGAACGAGCUGCUAAGCAGGUUUAUGAGAGGUUCAAUUCCUGCUUGGACAUGAUGCUCUCGUCCGGGAUUCCGAAUGCGGAUUUGAGGCCGGAAGAUCUCGCUGACCUUCCUCUUUUCUCGGUCGGUCACAGCAAUGGUGCACUUCUGCAAGUUCUGACCGGAAGUUAUUUCUCUGAGAAGAUACCGAAGGCUAAUGUCAUUGUCUCAUUCAAUAACAGAUCGGCCACAGAGGCAGUCCCGUACUUUGAGCAGCUCGGCCCUCUUGUCCGCCAGAUAAUACCACUCGUAGAAGCAACUCCAGUAUAUGCAAUGGCUCAAAGUGCAUCAGGUGAUGCAUUGAAAGGAUUGCUUGAAACGGCGGCAGCUACAAUUCUGAACAACGAUCAGGAAGCAGUAACAUCACUUACCAAACUUGUUGAUCAGUUGCCCUCGGUUUUUGGUGAGGUAGCUCAGGGAGUGUCAGAGUUCAGGCCAAAACCACCCGAAAACCGUGAUUUCUGCAAGAGCUCCUACAAUGUUCAGCACACUCUGCUGGUAAAAUUCAAAUCUGACACGAUCGAUGAGUCGGAUUUACUGGAAGAAACCCUGAGGCCUCGGGUAGAAUCGUACGGUGGGACACUCGAAAAGGUUCUGUUAGGUGGCAACCAUCUCACUCCUUGCAUUCAGGAUCCGAGAUGGCAAGUGGGAUCUGUAUACACACCUGCAGAUGCCAUCGCUCAGGCGCUGAAGACGCUUUCCCUUAACGAUACCCGACUUCUCUCUCGGACAAUCGUGGAUUGGUUCAAGCAGUUUGAGCACUGAUGAUGAUGAUGAUGAUGAUGUUCAUUGAUGUAUAUGAACAUGCUUCAGCAUAAAUGCGUACAUGUGUGUGUGUAUAUAUACAUACGUAUGAACAAGCUU